AUGACUCGAACUCCAACACCACUAGAUACCCCUACUAAUUCAUCACCACAACCUAUAGAAGAAUCAUCAUCAGUAACAUCACCACCUAAGAAGAAAAAACGUCAAAAGACAUUUACUGGAUGUUUUACGUGUAGAUCAAGAAAGAUUAAAUGUGAUUUAAGGAGACCACAUUGUGAAAAAUGUUUAAAAGCAAAAUUAAUAUGUGCUGGGUAUGAUAUUAAUUUAAGAUGGUCAUUUCCAAUAGAAUAUGUACCUCUCAGAAACGGAGAUGUAAAAUCUAAAACAAUUAAAUUUCCAAAUUUAGAUGGUUCAAUUGAUAAAGAUUCGAAUAGUGGUACAGCACCUGAAUUUUUUCAUAGAAGAUUAGUGGCUUUUGUUAAAUGGAAAAAACCUUAUACUACAUACGAGGCAAUGGAUCAAGACUUAGCGUUUCUACAAAGUAACAAUACUACCAACGAACUAAGCAAGGAAAGUGAAACAAAAUUAAAAGGACCAUUCGGAGUAUUUUUAGGCUCUAAGAAGAGAAAGAUAGAUACUACACCGAGGAACAUCAAAAGAAAAAGAACAUCAGAACAAAUAAUUACCCCAGAUAGUUCAGAAUCUAAUACUUUACCACAAUCGCGGCUGGAAGAGCAACCACAACAAGCACAAGAUCAAUUUUGGUUAUCAAACGAAUUAAAAGAUGCAGCUUUGGUUACUGCUGCAGCAUUAAAUACUCACUACCUAGAUAUAAUGAAUAAUUUUGAUCAAAACGGGAAUGUUAUAACCCCAGAUUCAAGUCAACAAAAUUAUAAUUCAGAUUUAUUUAAUUUAGUAUUUCACAAUAAGAAUCAAAAUUUCAAUAAUACAUCGCAAACUCCAACAAAUACAAUACUUAAUGAAAAUUUGAUAGAUCCUAUUUAUUAUUCAAAUUUCUCAAAUUUUUUCUACAACAACCCGUAUCAAUUAAAUGAAAACUUAGAAAUUCAAUUACAUACUCAAACUGAUGUUGAUGAACUAGUUGAUGGAGAUCAUUCAAAUGAUAAAAACUUGCUAGCGUCAAUAAUGAAACCUGUACAAAGUCCAUUAAAUGUACAAUUUGAUUUAACAUUACCUUCGCAUAUUGGAAUACCGACAACUGCAUUACAAGUACAACCAUUGACAAGAUAUUUAUUAAAUUAUUAUGUAACAGAAGUUGCAGAUUUAAUGACUGUUAUCCCAUUAACAGAAAAUCCAUGGAAAGCUAUAUAUUUCCCCAGAGCUUUAAUGGCAAUUGGGGAAUUAUCAGCAUUGGGUAAAACAUCAACGGCUAAAAAUGCUUUACUUAAUGCAUUGUUAGCAGUAUCAGCAUUUAAUUUACAAUCCAAAUUCCCCAAGAAUUCAGAACCAAUGAAGUUUUAUCUUAAUCUAGGUAUUGCGUUACGAAAUCAAGCAAGUUUAUAUAUUAAAAAAUUAUUAAAUAUUCAAAAUAAUAAUGUUCAAUCAGGUAUUGAAUAUUGUGUUAAAAAUGAGAAAUAUAAAGAUGUGUUAUGUGCAGUUAUGAGUAUGAUUAGUGUUGAUUUAGUUUGGGGAACAAUGCAAGAUACUGGUUUAUAUAUUUCUUGGUGUGGUAAAGUUAUAAUGAGUAAAAUGUCAAACAAGAAAAAAUUAUCACCAAAAGCUAAGAUUUUACAUAGAAUUUUUUCAUCAUUAAAGUUGAUUCAGGAUUCAACAAGUCUUAAUUUUGAUAAGAUUAAUGAUUUAAGUGGGUACGAUGUUAAUGGUGAUAAAUUUUCAUCACAAAGUAAAAGUAAAAUUGAUUUUAUUAUAAACAAUUCCACAUCAAAUAUCAAUAAUACAACUUCACCAAAAUUUGUUAAUAAAAAAUUAAUAAAUACUAAAAAGAAUGAUGAAAAUUUUGCAACUGAUGCAUUAUAUGGGUUACCAAAUUCUUUAAUUAUAUUAUUUAGUGAAACAGUUGAAUUAUUAAGAGCUAAAAUUUAUUAUAAAAAUACAAAUACUCAUUUAAAUGAAUUUGAUUCAAAAGUUUUAAAUUUAGAAUUAAAAUUACAAAAUUGGAAUUUAGAUUGGGAAUUAUUUCAAAAUCAUCAUUUUAAUGAACAAGACAAUUUAAAUUAUGAAGAUAAAAAUUUAAAAUUUUAUUCAUCAAUGCAUCAAGUAACUUAUCAUCAUAUUAUAUCAUUUUAUCAUGCAUUAGUUAUAUAUUUUAAAAGAUUUUUAAAAGAUGUUUCACCAAUACAUUUACAAGAUAGAGUUAGUAAAACUUUAGAUCAUUUAAAUUCAAUUCAAUCAUUAAUUUCAAAAGGAGAAGCAUCGAUUAUUCCAUUAUUUUGGCAAGGUUUUAUUGCAGGUUGUGAAGCUAUAACUAAUAAUUUACAAAAUGGUUAUAAGAAAUGGGGUAAUGAUAUAGCUCAAUAUCUUGGAUCUUAUUGGGGAGCAAGACAAAUUAUGUUGGAAGUAUGGAGAAGAAAAAAUAAUAAAGAGCCAAAAGAUGAUUGGGUAAAUGUUGUAAAAGAUUGGGAAAUGAAUUUAAUGUUGAAUUAA